GAAAAGUCCAGAUUUCUUACCAAAGAAAAAAUGCGGGAACUUGUGUUUUUAGUAAAUGUCGUCGUUUUCUUCGCUGUUUUUGUUCAUUCCCAGGCUGAAGAAAAUCAGGGUAAUCACGUUGUUCAUCGGAGGGAAACCCUGAAACCAGCUCAUGGACCUCUAUCUGGAGGACCUCAUCAUGGAGGUCCACAUGGAGGUCCAAACCACGGCCCACAUGGUGUUCAUCCAGGGAAAAGUGGUGACCACUGCAUCGUGAAGGGAAGCUACUGCCAGUGUCAUUAUUGUCGGUGUGAAAAGGGACAACUUCACUGUAAGGAUCCUGAGGAGCAUAAGAAACAUGGAUACGGAAAACGAUAUUGCUAUGGUAGCAUGGAAGGAGAGCAUUGUCAUUGUGAUUACUGCAAGUGCCGGCAUGGUUACGGGCAUGAAGGGUGGGCAGCAUGUUAUUAAGGAAUGGUGUGCAGCGUGCCACUAAAAUUAUAUGACGACGAGCAUGCUCAUUAAUCUGGAAAACUGCCUCAAAAAAUGGCAUGUUUUUGGCAUUCCAUUCUUAUUUACAAAAAUAAGCAGAAAGAGUUUAAAUUUUUGUACCAAUCAAUAAUUUGUCGAAAACUAUACUAAAAUUUUAAAACACAAGACACAGUUACAAUUAUCCUAUUUCUUUUUUAUCAAACAACAAACCCCGCCCCCCCCCCAUCCCCUCAACUAAAGACCCUCAUGAAUGCAUUAAAAUGUGUAAAACACAUUUCUCUACUCUAAAACUUUUAACGAUGAGGAAACAAUUAAGUGAUAAUUGUUUAAUUUGUUUCUAAAUGUUAGACAAUAGACAUGAAGAGAAUGUAAAAUUAUCUAAUCAUCAAAAAAUGUUGAUAAUGAGACUGAUUUCAGUAAAUUUUACUUUUCAAACUCAAAUUUCCUAAAAUUAAAGCAACCCUGCUUCAUUUAUAUCGUAAUU